GGCAAAUGAAAUGGAAAUAUUCAGCCGAGAUGUCGUACUCCGUUGGAUGGAAAGCUCCAAAAUUACAGCCGUUGCAUGGUGUAACAAUGAUUUGGUAAUAGGAAAUGACGCAGGUGAACUCCACGCAUUUCAGUGUCCAGAAUUACAGGGGCCUGUAGAGGCUGAAGUUUAUAAAUACGCCAAGGUCAGCAACCAGAAAAUAGCCUCAAUUACACCCUUGGAACCAGAAGGAUGGAUUCUAGUUCUCAAUUCAAAUGGCGAUCUGUAUUCGAUCAAUUCCAUGUUCAAAGGGCAACCAUCAAUCCUUGUUAAAAACGUCACAUGUGUAGCCAGACAGUUUGAAUGGAUAUAUUUCGAUAGUACAAUCACGCAAAAUGCAAAGGGAACCCUUUGCCCAUUAAAUGAAUUCUGCGUGGGAACUGAUGGGAAGAUGUACAUAUACGCAGCACAAGGAGGCAAACUAACACCAAAACGAUGUAUCAGUGUUGAUGGAAUGGUACUUAGUGCAUCAUGGAUCAAUAAUACAAUUGUAGUAGGAACUAAAGAAGCCUAUUACAUCAUGGAUGCGGAAUGCAAAACGUGCCGCGAAUUAUGUAGCCUGCAAACAGGGGAUCUCGAUUCGGAGGUCGUACCACUCACAACGCCAUGCGUCGAUGGAGAUGUAAUGGUAAUAUGUCAAAAUAUCGGAAUAUUCUACAAUACACAAACGAUGGCACUUUCAAAGAAAAACACUAUACUGUGGAGAAAUAGACUAGAGGCUCUAGGGUGCGCUUCGCCGUUCAUUAUAGGCAUCACAGUAGAUAGGAUAGUAGAAGUCUAUGGAGUUAGAGAUCAAUUACCAUAUCAAGUUAUUGAUCAAACUAGCGCAAAAUACGUGCAUUUCAUGCCUCAAUGGGAAUGCAUGCUAUCAGCCACGCCUAACGUAGUGAUGGCCCUAAAGCAUAAGACAUAUCAUCAGACAAUCGCCGAAGCGGUUGAAAGUAAAGACAUCAAGCAAGUACUGCAUAUAGCUAAUGUGUACUUUGCAACAGAAGAUCCGCAACAAGUAGAAGAGAAGAAGUUGGCCCAUACCAUCGCAGGGUGGAUGCGAUUCAAUGAUCUCAACUUCCCCUUGGCAUUCCACCACUUUACACUCGGAAAUGUAGAUAUAGUAUAUUUGCUACAGUUUUGGAACCAUUAUGCAGAUAUAGCCUUGCCGGAAUCGUAUGUCAGCAAUGAGGCCGUGCCCAUGUUGCUGCGGCAGUACAUACCCAACGCAACUGGAAUUAGAGAGUUCGUAGAGAGAAGAUAUGGUCAACGGAAAAGUGAAUUAGCAUCCAAAUCAACUGUAGCAAAACUAGUGGAGCUGGCUAAUGUAUCGUUUGCUGCGUUCUUACUUAAACAUUUAAACAACAAUGCGCUAUUGCAGACAAAAGGGAUCGACAUGUCUGAUUUUCAACGCACACUUAAGGCUAACAUAGAAAAGACGUGCCUUCUGCUACUAGCUGAAUGUGACGAUCCGAAAUGUAGUAUAAUUAUCAACAGGCCAAAAGAAGAAACAUUUCUAGAUCUGGACUCCUGUAAAGAACACCUAAUCAAAAUGGAAAAGAACGAAGUACUCGCAAAACUACUCAUCCAACAAAAACGAUAUAAAGAGGCAAUGAAUAUUAUGGUCAAUUAUAUAACGGAUAAUGUUGGUAGUGGCCAUAAAGAUGAAAUCGCACUAGAAAUCAAAUCGGUUUGCUGCGAACUUGCCAAUUGCCUAAAUACACUUAUAGAGCAAAGCCAAAAACACAAAGAUGAGGUCAACAAAAAUACAAAAAAGGAGGAAAUACACGAUAUACUCACUACUUACCUCCCAGUGCUAUUAGCAACCUACCCCAAUGCAGCACUUGACGUACUCACAACUAACCACGCAAUUAUGCCAUUUAGUACCGACCAAAUUAUCGCAAUGAUAGAUAUGCAUGCACCAAAGAGCUACUGUGACUCGAAGAUGGGUAUGCGAAUCAAGUACUUGGAAGACUUGGUUAUGAAAAACAAACAUGGUGGUAUCCAUGAAAAUACACUUCUAGCUCAAUGUUAUAUAAGCGAACUUACCGUGAAAAGGAAGAACAAUGACUCAAAAGAUGAUAGAAACCGUGCUAUAAAAACUAUGCUGAUUGAAUUGAUGGAGUCAAAUAAAAGUUUUAACAUGAGCAAAUUGGAGGAUAUGCUGAUGAAGCUGAACAUGGUGGAAACAACGGUACUUCUAAACAACAAAUUGAAUAAACAUGAAGAAGCGUUGCGCACACUAUUCCAACUUUGGAAUAAAGAUAACAGGCUUAAAGCAUGCGAAGCCUACUGUCUGUGUUUCGGGGAAAUAGAAACAUCGUUCGACACAUCAACAAUGGACAUGCCAUUCAAGAGACUGUUCAGCAAUUUUGAUUAUUGGAUGCAAAGGGCAAACGAAUGGCCAUUAACAAAAUAUGAAAUGUACAGUAUCAACACAUCAGAUGCCUCGAUCGACCGCUUACUGUUAAAACUGCUAAACAUCAUUGUGCAGGAAUCCCAAUCGGAUGACACAUGUAUUUACCUUGCCAGGGACCUACUGGCCAAAUACAUUCCCUUGUGUACCCAUAACGCAGCCAUCAGCGGGAGUGCUAUCGUAGAAAUAAUGCCAGAAAGUUGGAAUUUUGCAAUAUUUGCAAACAUUUUAAUGCAGUUGCAACUAAAGGCCCUCCACGAAGAGAGAACUGCAGCAAUGAGACGGGGUCUUACACGGUCAUUGCGCUCACAGACAGCAAAGCAGCUGUAUAAACUUACAUGCGUACCACCGAUCACAGUCGAUGCCAGGUCAAUUUGUGCAAUAUGCCAAGAGCCAAUCAAGUUAGGCAUGUCUAUCGCAAUACCGCCACCCAAACAAACAGAAGGAGGACAAAAACAAACACCCAGACAACACACUAUAAUGCAUGAAGAGUGUGGCAGAAAGGUACACGAUCAUUGAGCAACUGAUGUUGUAAUAUACAUCAAAUAUAC